UCUUGAAAAAUCGUGUGUAGAUUUCGAUAUUAUAGCAGUGAUAUGAUAAUCGUUCAAUUCAAAAUCUUCUCUCGCAAAUCAGUUAGACACUAAGCUCGUUGGUUUAAAAGUGUUUUCAUAUACAUACGAAAAAUUGUUAGAAAAUAAAAUAGAAAAAAAAGCCGCACACGUCUCAAUAGUGCUCUCAGCUUGUGAUAAUGACCUGUGCGUACGAACAAUAAUUGCCAAUUGUGUUUGAAAAGUUAAUGGAACAGUGGAAAAGCUGAAAAUUUCCGAAAAAAAAGAAUUUUCAUUUGAAGCAGACACGGGUUAAUAUCCAACAGCAAAUUUGGUUACAUCAGCUGGAGAGAAAAUGCCUGAGGUCAUUGAUAAGGGCCCGACUCAUAUCAAACGAGCAACAACUGAAAAACUUCGUGAGGUCUUCCAGAAAUAUGCAUCCCAACAUAUCCAUGGUGAACAGUUUAUGACAAGUGAUGAUUUCGUUCGAGGCUAUUUGGGAUUGUUUCCGGAUCAAUCGUACAAUAAGGAAUCGGUGAAACUUUUAGCUGGAAUAGCGGACACAAGCAAAGAUGGACUGAUUUCGUUUGCCGAAUUUCAAGCAUUUGAAGGUCUAUUAUGCGCUCCAGAUGCUCUCUACAAAACUGCUUUUCAAUUGUUCGACACAAGUGGUGACGGUUCGGUUACCUAUGCCAGUUUCGCUGAUGUCAUUCAGAAGACCGAUCUCCACUCAAAGAUUCCAUUCCAAUUGGAUGGACCGUUCAUUCAGAGGUAUUUUGGAAAGAACAAGCAACGGGUCAUCACGUACGCUGAAUUCAGUCAGCUGUUACAUGAUUUCCACGAAGAAUAUGCCAUGGAGGCGUUCAAAAGUAAAGAUCCGACCGGUUCUGGUUACAUAACACCACUGGACUUUCAGGAUAUUAUGUUGUCGGUGAAAAAGCAUUUACUCACGCCAGAAGUGAAGGACAACCUAGUGGCGGUAACCGCCGGUCAUAAAGUCAGUUUUCCUUACUUCAUGGCUUUCAAUUCGUUGCUGAACAAUAUGGAACUGAUAAAACGGGUCUAUUUGAACGCAACGGGCGGUCACAGAACUGAACCAAUCACUAAAGACGAACUACUGCUAUCGGCACAGACUAUGAGCCAAAUUACGCCAUUAGAAAUCGACAUUCUGUUCCAAUUGACUGGUGCACUGCAACAAUCUGGUUGGUGGAAGAGAAGUGUUGAUCAAAAUACUAGGCAAAAUAGUCGCAUUGUGUACGGCGAUUUGAUUAACAUAGCGCCGGAACAUUCAACGACACACAUUACUCAUCGUUUAACAGACAUUAAAGCAGUUUCUAGUCCUGCUGACCGAAGCGUGUUCAUACAAAUUCUCGAAAGCGUUUAUCGCUUUUCAUUGGGUUCACUGGCUGGAUGUGUUGGAGCGACGGCCGUUUAUCCGAUCGAUCUGGUGAAAACUCGAAUGCAAAAUCAGCGAACUGGUUCACUCAUCGGUGAAGUGGCAUAUAAAAAUUCCAUCGAUUGCUUCAAAAAAGUCAUUCGUCACGAAGGUUUUCUGGGAUUGUAUCGGGGUCUAUUACCGCAGUUGAUGGGCGUGGCACCGGAGAAGGCCAUCAAAUUGACGGUAAACGACUUUCUGCGAGACAAGCUGGGCAAUAAAAACGGAACUUUGCCGUUGUAUGCCGAGGUCGUUGCUGGUGGUGCCGCUGGCAUGUCGCAGGUCGUGUUCACGAAUCCGUUGGAAAUUGUGAAAAUUCGCCUUCAAGUAGCUGGUGAAUUGGCUGGCGGUAGUAAAGUGCGAGCUUGGGGCGUUGUUAAAGAUUUAGGCUUUAUGGGAUUGUAUAAAGGAGCGAGAGCGUGUUUUUUGAGAGAUAUACCCUUCUCUGCAAUAUAUUUUCCAGCCUAUGCACAUACGAAGGCGGCGCUAGCCGAUGAGAAUGGAUACAAUCAUCCACUGACUUUGUUACUUGCUGGUGCUAUUGCCGGCAUACCGGCUGCGAGUCUUGUCACUCCGGCUGAUGUUAUAAAAACUCGGCUACAAGUGGUUGCUCGUAAGGGUCAAACCACAUAUACCGGAAUUCCGGAUGCAGCCAGGAAAAUAAUGCGCGAGGAAGGUUUCCGUGCCUUCUGGAAGGGAACUACUGCUCGUGUUUUCCGUUCAUCGCCGCAAUUCGGUGUCACGCUGGUCAUGUACGAACUGCUGCAACGAAUGUUCUACAUUGAUUUUGGUGGCUCACGGCCGACUGGAUCCGAUGUUAAAACGAAAUCGGUGGAUUACGACGUGAAAAAGAUAAAUGUGGACCAUAUCGGCGGCUAUCGGGCCGCGAUACCGAUGUUGAAUGGUAUUGAGACAAAGUUUGGUCUGAGUCUACCUCGAUUUAAUUCGACCAUUGGAGCGAAUAAGUCGUGAUCAUCAUGAUAGCGCAAUGUAUAGUUCCUGUAUUUGUUGUUGAAUUGUGUUAGUAUAAACCGACCCCGGCAAUAGUUGCAAAAUGAACACGGUACCCAUGCCCAUAGUGAGUGUGCUCCGAUUCGAAUCCGUACGAAUUUAGUGAUUUUUAUUGAAAAUGUUGAUUGUUGAUUUUGUUAUGAAUUUGUCGUUAUUGUUCGGUAUGCAGACUGAACGAAGCGAGAGGAAAACGGGAAGAAGAGAGUGACAGAGAUAACGAAUUUAUUUACGAACAGUUUGUGAUUGUCGUUGACGAUUUUAGUUUUUGCCUUUUUUUUGCCAUAGUAAGUGCAAAUAUUUUCAGUUUCAUUUUUUACUAUGAAAGUUUCAUUUUGUUUUAUUUUUUAAGCUUUUAAUUUUUGUAAUUUUUUUCUUUUCUUUUUUUUUGCAAAUGAAUUUAUUUUUCACUUUUGAACCAUUCAGCUGUCGCUGCAGUGUGUGUAUUGAAUUUAUUACCUUGUAGUAAUCGAGUAGUGUUGUUGCAAUUGAAUUUUUAUCGAAAUUUGCAUACAGUAGCCGUUCUGACCUGACUAAUUCGGUGAUCUAUGGGUUCUCCGCCAUCAUUUGUUGACCAAUAAGUUUUAGAAGUUUCAAUUCGGUUGUGUCUCGAAAACGUUGUGCUAGAAAUUUGUUUUUUUUUGUUCCGCGUUUCUACGACUUUUUAAACUAUACAAAAAUAGAUUAAAGGACGAGUUGCAAAUUAGUUAGAUGGGCCGGACCUCCUUAGUAAGGUACUUACUCCUUACAUUUGUAAUAUUGUCAAAUCGACAACGCAUUUAUGUGGUUUUAACGGAUUCCAACUUGAACUGAUGAAUCUCAUUGUCCAUAAAGCCUUCCCAAUGUAUUUUUUAAAAAAUGACGUGCCCCUAAGUCAGAUAAAAUCAAUCGAAAUCUUAACUAAAAUUUGACGAAACCUUCAAAAUGUUAAAACAAAAUUUGUCGACAUUUAUUAUGGCAGCCCUGAAUGUUCAAUACAAUCUUAGUUACAAGACUCUUGGAAGUUUUGAAACGUCGGACGCCAAUUCUUACCCAUUUUAGCAAGAAAAAAAUUACUGGAAAGUAAAAUCAAAGUUAGACCCAAGUGAAGACGAAUGAGUGCUGUCAAAGUCGGCUGCAUAUAGUCGAAAUGAAGACUAAAACACUAAAAUUUCUAAUCAAUUCCUGUAUUGCACGUCAGAAUUGACUUUUUAUCUGAGUUCGCUGGUCGCAACAUGAAACUGGUGCUGUUAUCAUUUGCAGACAUGGUGGCGUUUCUAUAGAUGUUUUUGAGUCAACUCCUAAAACGAGGUGGAAACCACUCUGUUUUAUUGACGUGAUUAACAUGAUGACGAAUCAGUGAUUAACCAACAUUUAACAGGAUGAAUCGUCGCAAAACUACAAUUAAUCGUGAAGUGUAGUUAAUCAUGGUUAAUCACUGAUUAACCGUGCGUAUUCACUAAAAUCAUGUUGCACAAAAGAGUGGUUUCCCCCUCGUCCUAAAAGUGUCUCAUCUCGUCUGAACACAUUCCAACUAAUUAAAUCAUCAACCAAAGAUUCCAAUUUUACGCACGGAUCUAAAUAUUAGGUAAAUCAUCACCUUCAUAACGGGUAUAUCUUUACUUUUAAUACUUGAAAUGGGUCUUUCUUAUUUGUCGUAGAAUUUCCAUUGAAAACACAUCGCAUGUGACUAAAUUGUUUUGCUGCCGUUAAUUAUUAUUUUCUAAUUUAUUCUGAUAAACGAUCAGCUAGAACUUGUUUUGAUUUUCAAUUUAAUGCCACUUCACUGAUGGAAUGUUUACAAAAAUUAUUAUCUAACGAAAAUGUUAAAGAAUUGAAGAGAAUUCAUUUCUUAUUUCAUUGAUGAUCACGCGAGCCUAUGCCGUUCUGUUUCAAGCAUCUGUAUCAAUUAUGGUCGAGGGUCACAAUUCAAUUGAGAAAUCGUUUUCUUUCGGGAAAUUCGAAUAGGCGGUUUCUUACUAAUUUUGGCUAAUUUAUCAGAAGGUGUAAGUUUCUCGGGAAUCAUAUCAGUGUAUCGAGAGUUUGAACGAAAAUAUUUUAGGAGUUUACAAUAGAAUUGAAACAGGAAUUGCUAACAGUUUCGUUGGAGGUUCAUUUCUAAACAAUAUUAUGAUUGAUCAAUUUUGAAGAAAAAAUAAAUUCCGUGCACAGAUAACUAAUUCGUACCGACAUUUUAACUAAAGAAGCCAUUUUCACAUCCACAGUUGAUAUUCUAACACAUCCGGUUGCCAGUAUUUCGCACCAAAUUUACAUAAAAGAAAAUUUAAAAUAAAAUAUUCACAAACAUUAUGCCGUAUGCAAAUGCCCUGAUCACAUUCUAAUCUAAUUACAGGAAUUUUAUUUUUUAAUUUAUUUCACUUGAAUUGAAUUGAAGUUCAUUUGAAUCGCAGUGCAUUUUUUGUCGGAUUUUCGAAAAAUCCGACUGGAAACAAUUAUCAUAUCAUCGCCAAAUUUGUAAAGAUUAUUUUUAAAAAAAGUGUUUUUUGCUUAGCAAAUAUACAAAUUAUUGUAAUGUAAUAUAUUAUUGAAGAGAAAGAAUAUUAAUAAAAGAGGAAAAAAGCU